CAUUUCAGUUCGUUAUCAAAAAGCACGUAUUAUAAAAUUUAUUUUAUUUGUAUUUUUGUCGGGAGCAAGCAAAAUGUCUCAAAGUCAUAUUGAAGUGUGAACCGUUUUGUACUUAAAAAGUGAUUGCUUGUCGUUCAGAAGCAUAAAAAUCAUCAAAAAAUGUCAGGAGUCUUGUUUGUUUGUCACAUUCCCUCGAAGGAGGUAGAAAAGAAGCUUCGUAGCAAAAAGAACAAACGCACUGCCGUAAAUGAGGAAAACGAAAAAGGCAAAGUCACGUUUGGGAGACGCACGAGAUCCGUAAGUGAGAGCACAACUCCUCUCACGACGCCGGAAAUGCAACGUUAUGGAACUUUUUUUAAGGAACAAGAAAGCGGCAGUACGGACGAAUUGGAAACGGAAUCUCUCAUGUCGGAAACGGCAAAUACGCAAAAAACCAGCGAAGCUUUGGCCCCGCCCGAAGAUAAAUUGUCCAAUAGAUCCAAAAGCUGUGAUCGUUUAAACCAGUUGGAUAAAGAUCCAAACGUAAUAAGAAAGUCUUGGGAAGGAGUCAAGGAUAUUUUGUCAUCGGCUCGCAAAAACAGCAGUAAAAAGCUGAUAGAGCCACCAGAUGAAGACCAUUUCGAGAAUGAACUUGGAUUACCACCCAAUGCUUACAUGUGUCAAAUAAUGUCGGCAAUACUGAAGGUCAAGAAUAUCCGACGAGCUAGUUGGUUGGAUACGAAAAACGGCGAAGGACAUCAAAUUUUGUUCAACAUUGAAUCUGGUACUAGAUGUGACGACACAAUCCGGCUUCUUAGUGAAUGGGGGGUAGGAGAAAGGGAAGGAACUUCGGUUGGCGUCUUACCUUGCACGAUGUAUUAUGAACCAAUUGUCGAUCCUUUGGAGGAAAAACCUGUUGAAAAACCCACUGAAACAAAGGAUGGUGCAUGGAACCGUCUCAUAUCGUCUGUUCGCGCACGUUUGAAUGUUGCUCAGAUCGUUCACGAAGUAAAAGCUAGUGCCGCUAUAACAUUUGAUUUCUUGUGUUUGGUUAUCGUUGCCAGUAUUUUAGCUGCUUUCGGUCUCGUGGAAGACUCGACACUCUUUUUGGCAGCUAGCAUGUUAAUUUCGCCACUCAUGGGUCCAAUUAUAGCGGCAACUUUUGGCACCGUCAUCAAAGAUCGCUCCUUGCAAGUGAUGGGCGUGAUAAACGAAAUGAUUGGAAUUUUCCUGGCAACGUCCGUUGGAUUCAUUUUUGGCAUUAUUGUGUGUAGUUUGGAUGAUCGUUAUGGCGUCGGUGAAGGUCUCACCAAUGAAAUUUUGAGUCGAUGCGAGUUACACUCGUUGCUUGUGGGAGUAUUAAUUGCUCUGCCAUCCGGAGCUGCAGUUGCGAUCGCCAUUUUGGGAGAAAAUACAGGAUCGCUGGUUGGCACAGCUAUUUCUGCAUCUUUGUUGCCGCCGGCAGUCAAUGCUGGUCUUUUGUGGGCACUUUCUUGUGUCUAUGUGCUUUUCGAGAAAGAUGGCACGCGCUACAAUUCCGUUAUCAAAACCAGCUAUUAUUCGAAUCAUCAAUCUAUCGAGUUGGCAAUUUUCGGUUGCAUCAGCAUGUGUGUAACCCUUACGAAUGUCAUUUGCAUUUACUUCAUGGGUGUGCUCUUUUUGAAAAUAAAAGAAGUCUCACCUGUCGCGUCGCGUGGACAACGUCAAUUCUGGAAGCACGACAUUAAAAUUGCUCGCGAUUACAAUAAAACGCUGCAUCCCAAUGACUCGUACACCACAGCACUUGCGGACGAGUUGGCUCACUUGAAGAUGCACGACAAGGAGAAUUUGCAUGGAAUCGGUGCCGAAUUACUGAGACCAGCGACUCACAAUCAAAAUACUUGGUCUCCAACGAUGCAUACGUAUCACCAUCUGUUUCAAGAUAAGCCGCACAUGCGAGACUUGGAAGCAAUUUAUCUGAGCUUGGCAUGUCCAACAACUACGAGCAACGAUUCCUGCAUCGAACGCUUUAUUGCGGCAAAUCGAGCGGGACCAAAUAAGACACCGCCCAAGUACAAGUCCAUCCCGGAUGAGGAAAUGCUCACACCAACAACACGACACACCAGUGAUCCGAUUAAAACGCCCCAAAGUUCGGGCAAUAAAAAUUCAAAGGCACCAAGUAGCUCAUUUCCCUUCGUUUCGCGGUUCAUUAAACACGAUAACUCAACGGGAGGCGCUAAACGUCGAUUUACCGUACUUCCGGUUGAAGAUCCACUCAGACCUUAAUGAAACGAGCUGCACCAUUUUCGCAUUCGAUAACAGGUACAAAUACCCAAAUACAAAUUCAAUUUUAAUGAGUUUAAAUAUAAAUUUAUUAUUUAAUCAUGUUCUUUCUUUACUUUUUUUCACUUGUUCGU